UUUUUUAGUGUGAAGUCAUUUUCAGGUGAAUAAUUCUACAUUUCUAUGCGCAUAUGCAUGUUUGCAUGUACUCUUUGGCUAUAUGUGCCGCUUGGACAGAAGGAUAACUGACCUAGUCUGGAUUGGCAUGAAGACAACAAAUGAAUAGAUAGCCGGCAGAGAUACUAAUCCUUUUGAAUAAGUAUUACAGCCUACCUAUUCUUGCUUUUGCCCAGUUAGUAAAGCAGUUGAACGCAAAGAAAAAUAAGGCAUGCAAAGGCUAGCAGAGAAGUGGGAUAACCUAAAAGAAAAAUGAGUCAAGGUUUCUUUCAAAGCCAGCAACACAUUUGGGCUGUAGUAUCAGCUGCAAUUUUGAUAGUACUUUUUGGUUGCUCAAUUUUUUUCUGCUUCAAGAGGAAGCUGUAUGCAUGCUUUAGGUUACCAGAGAACCAAAAAGGUUAGUGAAUCAUUCAUUGAUACCACAAGUUCCUACUUUCUUCAUCAUGGGAUAUUGAAAAAUUAAUCCUCCAAGUAUUUAUCCAGAAUUUACGCACUGGGAUCCGUCCUUUGACGAAUUACUAGUAAGUUACUGUCAAAUUGUUGACAGUGCAUUGUUUUCAAUGUGCUGAGAAUUCAGCAUUCCAAUUGCCAGAUACUCUGUUGAAGAUAAACUAAUCAAGGAAUAUAAAUAAAAAUGAUAUCUAUUUUUAUUUAUAUAGGUGCAAACCGAGACAUAUAUAUCAGCUUCAGUGUCUCUUCGGAACUGGUUGUAUUUAGAUUGAUCUGAUGAUUUCAUCUUUGAUAUCUGCUUCUGUAGAUUUGAUCUUCCUUUACUGACAAUUUCUGGGUAAUUAGGAACUUUAAAAGCUGAACAACUAAUGUUGAAGCGGUACCAGUUGGAACAAUUACAGAAGGCAACUAAUAAUUUCAGUGAAGAUUGUCUGGUUGGUUCUGGUGCAUUUGGAAAUGUCUAUCGAGGAACAUUUGAUGGGGAGGAAACACUAGCUAUAAAGAAGGCACAUACUGAAUCAUACACCAGCACUGAAGAGUUUGAAAAUGAGAUCAGGUUGCUCUCAAAAGUGAAGCACAGAAACCUCGUUAGUUUGGUGGGGUUCUGCCAAGAAGCUGGGCGAAAGGGAGCAAAAAUUCUGGUGUAUGAGUAUGUUCCAAAUGGUUCUCUGCUAGACUACAUCAUGGGGAGGGGAGGAAGGAGCUUAACAUGGAGGCAGAGAGUGACGAUAGCCAUUGGAGCUGCUAAAGGUAUAGCUCAUCUGCAUGAAGGAAGCAAACCAAGUAUAAUUCAUCGGGACAUAAAACCGAGCAACAUCUUGGUAGGAGAGAACUUUGAGGCCAAGGUCUCAGAUUUCGGGCUUGUGAAAUCGGGUCCCAGUGGGGAUCAGUCACAUGUUAGCAGUCAGAUAAAGGGGACACCAGGGUACCUUGACCCUGCCUACUGUUCAUCUCUCCACUUGACUUCAUUCACCGACGUAUACAGCUAUGGUGUUAUACUACUGCAGCUUGUUGCUGCUAGACCUGUAGUCGAGAAAAGCAGAGGUCAUCCUAAUUUUCACAUUAUUGAUUGGGCAAGACCUAGCUUGGAACGAGGAAGCAUCGACGAAAUAAUAGAUGCUAAUCUCUUAAUGGAACAAUGCAACAUGGAAAUGAUGUUGAAAAUGGGACAACAUGGUCUGAAAUGUGUGGCCAAAGUCCCUAGAGAAAGGCCUACAAUGACUCAAGUAUGGCAAGAACUGGAGGCUGCCCUCUUUUCUGCAGAAAAUAUCAUAUAUAAACAACCUUCAAAUGGUUCCUUAAAAUUAGCUAGCUUGUCAAUCGGAUCAAUGGGUCAUAGAAACCAUCAACCGAAACAAGUUGAUUAUUCUCAAAGCUCAGUUAGCAUAGAUGGCAUUAGGUUGCAGAGGUUUCACAUGGACAUAGAUCACCUAUCCUUUGGUAGUGCGAAUUUGAGGUGCUUAGAUGCCUAUAGUAUAAGCAUUGAAGACGACUCAUACGAUCUGACAGGAACUUCCGAGGAAACAACCACAAGUGGAAACGAAGAGUUUAGGCUAACAUACAAUAUCAGUUAAAGUUUGCUUAAUUUAAGACACAGUAUAUUUAGGUUGAUUUGGUUGUGUGUAGGAAUGGAAAUCUAAAAAUGACCACCAUUUGACAGUAAAGUUCGCUCACCUUCUUUGAAUUGGCGGAAUAGUAGAAAGGAAGGGAUCCAUACAAUCUCAAUUCUGUAGUUGAAAUAUUGAUAUUUGAGUAUUAUUCCACA